UAUUCUUAUAUAAGUAAAUAGGGAUAUUUAAUUUUCAGUAAUGCUAUUUUCCAAAAACAGUAAUUGAGAUUCCAAGUUCUUGACGUUCAUUUGAUUGAAAAUGAAUAUCUAAUCUAACCACUACUAAUUUGAGUUGAAGUUAGUUUUGAGGACAAUAUUAGAAUGAUUUUAUUAUUAUUAAAAUAAUGAGUAAAAAGGAGAAAAUAAAAUGAUUUUUUAAAUGAAAAUUUGAAAAAGAACUUGAGAAAUUAUUGAAAUACGUACGUAAACAGUAUCAUUUGGAUCAUACAUUUUUAGUUUUAGUUUAAUUAUACAACUAGAGUCAAUAUUUAUAUAUAAUUAUAUUUUUAAAUUAAAAUUUUAUGGUUUGAUAAUAUUUUAUAUUUCAAUGCGCAAUCAAAUUGUAUUUUUUUCGUUUGGUUCCGAUGUAGUUGUGGGUUUGAAAUUGGUUUGAGUUUUAUUAUUUUAAUUUGGUCCAAGUUCAAUUUGAGCACAUGGGUCUAAAUAAGGAUAAGAAAUUUUUGAUUUUGAUUCUAAUUUAGAUAGCUAUAUUUUUGGUUAAAUUUUCUCGUUUUUAUUUUUUGUUAUUACAUGUCUUUAUAUUUUAAAUAUGUUUAGUAAAUCUGUAUAUCUCAGAUUACCAAAUCAAAAACAUAUAUGCUAAUUUCGUACUUCUAUGUGAUCAAAGUAAAUUGUAUAUUUAAUAGUUACGAUUAGAACAUACUAAUAUAAUUUUGAAAUAGUAUAUUUUUUAAAAUUAAAAUAUAAGACAUAUAUUUUAUAAAAAUUAUCAAUAUGUUACCGUUAUAUUCUUAAAAUCAUAACACACUGUAAUACUCUAUUAGAAUAAAUCCUAAAUCGUUUUUGAUUAAAAAUCAAACUCUCUCUCUCUAUAUAUAUAUAUAUAUAUAUAUAUUACUUUUAGCUGUACAAUAUUUCAGUACUUCAUAUCUAAUAUAUUUUAGGGUUUUAAAUUUUCCGUGUUUAUGAUAUUUAUUUACUUUGUUUGUCAGUAUUUUCAUUUUAUAUAAAUUUAUAUUGAAUAAAGUAAUAUUUAUGUAAACAUUUAUUAAAAUGAUUAAUUUUAGUGCAGUUUUUUGUUUAAUAUCUAGAUAGAAAAAGUCCCUAAUAAUAUAAUAAUAAUCAUGCAUUUUUUUAAAUGUAAAUGUGAAAACAAAUAAUGAUAAUUUAAUAUACUAUAAAUUAGAUAACUGCUUGCGAUUAAACCACCCAAGCAAAACCAACAUCAUACCAUGAUGACAAUUUACAAACCAACAUCAUCUAUGCGUACAAACUACAGAGACGGACAAAGUUCAAAGUGAAAUGAGAUGUGUAACUAUAGCCUUAGAGAAUUAGAGUUGGAGCAUGUUCUUGAUCUCCAAUUUUAUUUCCCUUUUUAUAUAUUGUGACGAAACCAACAGAAUCUACAUUAAUUAAAUCGAACCAAAGUUGAAAUUAAAAUGGCUACCCAAACUAAAAACCAAACCGGUCGUAAAUAUACGUCUUGUUCAAACAAACAUGGAAGUAUUGAUUCUCUCCUCCAACCUAGAAGAUUUUUUCAAAUACAUACUAAACACACACAAAAUCCCAUAAAUAAUCGUCUCUAAUAAGAAAAUUAUAAAGAUUACACAUAAGACCAAAAAUUAUCACACCAAACGAUUGAUAAUUUGUGACAUUGUUGAUUUUGUAUCCAUGAGAUCAUAAGCAGAGACUCCACUUUUGGCUUGGUUUCUUUCUACGAUUUUCCAUUCUCUAAUCUUUGCCAAAUUCUUCUCCACCUAUAUCAUACGUGCUUCUAGAGUCAAUGCUAGCUCCUCUAUUGCAAUAUAUAUUUGCUUCAAACUUUCAUCAUCAUCAUCAUCUUCCUUCUCAUUGGAUCUCUGGUUUUCUCCACCUUGAUGAACAAAACACUAUGUUUCCUUGUUUCCAUCAGCGACUGUAGUCUUCUUUUUCUCAGCCUUGAUUCCAUUUACAUCAAGCUCAUAAUCACAGUUUUGUCUUGUCUGAGAAUGGUGAUACAACAGUGUCAACUACUCCAUUAGCAGCGAAAGGAGGAUCUGAGAGUAGUUUUCAGUAGCUUGGCUCAGAACCGUGGUCUUUAUGAUCUUCUUCUUCCUCUUCUUCUUCUUCUUCUUCUUCUUCUUCUUUAGGAGUAACACAAACCUAAGCAUUUUGUCAUCAGUGCAAGGAUCCAAGUUUGUCUGAUAAUGUCAAUCUUCUUAGUCUUGCUUGUGGCCCCAACACCAAACGUGCCCAAUUUAAGUCGUUGUGUCUUGAAACCAAGUUUUGAACUUCUGAAAUUAUUUUAUGCAAGGAACCAAGUAAGAGUUCCAUAUGAUAUGGAUUCUAAAAAUAGUUCAUGAGAGAGAUUCCCACCAAGUGUAAGAAAGAUGCAUGGGAUCAUGGAGUCCCUGAACUCAAAGUUUACAGUUAAUUAUUAACUUAUACAAACAACUCAGCUGCAAUUGCAAAUACAUUCACCAAAGAUCUGAGCAGAUAAUUAGUAAGAAUCCGCUAAAAAUAUGAUAUACUUUAAAUUAUCUGAAGCAUGUAACACAGUUCAAUCAUUCACACACAUGAAAAUGCAUACUUUAAAGCACAAUGAAAAAAUCUUUAAAACUAAGUAUCUUCUCUUUGUCUGAUGAACGAAUUGAACUACUAAAUUCGACAAUUCUUGAAGGACUAUGACACAAGACAUCAAAGAACAUGAUUAUUUGAUAAAGAACUUAUGAAAACACAGAAGAGUAUUGAUGAAAUUACAUAUGUAGUCUUUGUACUCUGGAACAACAUAAGAGUCUGAAAGUAGAAAGAGGUCAACAUAAAGUCGUAAUAGUCUAAAUUAAUUUGACGCAAACAAAUGGAUAAACAAUCAAUCUCACCCAACAAAAAGGAGCACCGAUAAGAACUCGGAUCAUCACUUUUUAAAAAUUCGAUUAAUGUGCCAUAAAGAUUUGCAUCAAAUAUGUCCACAAAAGAAUCAACGAAAACUAAGAGAUUUGGGGUAGCUCCUCGAUCAUAGACAAGAAAUGCAAAUACCUUUAAGGAAAAGGAGAUGACACCUGAAGAAUUAAACGCGAAGAAGAAGAUUUUUUUAGGGUUUAUGUAAAAGUUAUGAAAUAAAGCUUUACUUUUAUAAUGGUAUAUUUCGUGGUUAGUUUGAUUUAAAUAUAUUUGUCAUCAUAAAAGAUUGUAUAAGAAUUAUAUCUUUAUAUUUAGUCACAACCUUUUGAAUAAGUCCAAAAUUAAAAGAUGCCACGGUAAAUUUCAAAUAGAAAUCUGUUUUAACAGAUUAGAUUCAACUAUAUUACAUUAUUAAACAAACCCUAGCUUUUAUUCUAGAUUACAUCAUCUUAUUGGAAUAAUUAUUAAGAUCUUUAUUUGAUCUGUAUAAGCGUCAAUGUGUUUGCGUGAUCAAAUGAGACAGAGAUCUCAGUGAUCUAAAAUGUAUUGCUCUCUUGAUUGUGGUUUCCACAGGUUGCACCACUACCAAAGAGCUGGGAAUUGUUAUGUGUUCUCUAGGACAAAACCCAACAGAGGCCGAGCUACAAGACGUGUGAUCAACGAGUCGACGCAGAUGGAAACGGCACCAUCGACUUAAUGUCACAAUGGGGGACAUGGCGAAAGAAAAUAACAAGCUGCACGAUGAAUUUGCAUCUACUUUCGCCACACCGAAUGCUAACUUUGUCACUAGGACUAAUGAACUUCACUCAGCUGUCAAUGACUCGCUGAUGCAAGACCGUGAGAACAAAGAAGCAACGGAUGCUAUAGUGACAACUUCAAUGAAGCAGGUCACGUUAUUGCAAGAGAAGCAUGGACAAGCUGUAUCAAACAUUAGAGACAAAGCAGAACAGUCUCUCAUAAAAGACUAUCAGGUUGAUCAGCGCAUGAACGAGACGCCAGAGAAACUAGCUAUAAUCGUGCCAAGCUUGGCGUCAAUUGAGGAGAUGAGGACUUUGUCUCCGAAGAAUAUUCUCAGUGAAGAUGCCUCAAGCAUGGAGAAAAGAUCAGCUAUACAGGGACAAGACGAAGCUAACAACAGAGCUCCAUUCUUGAAAGUAAACAUAUGAUUGAUUUGAUAAAAGAGGUGCCCGCUCUGGCAGUUGAGUUCAUCAACUGGAUGAGUCUAGCAGAGUAUGAGUGUGUAAAGGUGAUAUGAUUGUAGUACGCAAGCUUAUUUUGUUCUGGAUUAGUUUGUUGCCUAUGGACCGGUUCAAUUUGGUUAAUCUUCU